AUGAUACUGUAUAUUUGGUUGAUAUUACCUUCAUUAAUAUAUUGCUUACCUCCAGAUCCAUUCCUGGAUUCAAAUUUUUUAAAGGAUCCCAACGUGUCUCGACAGUUGAAUAAACUUCCACCCCUAUUGUCACCAGACCAACUUACUGAUGAAACAAGAAGUCUUUCAAAGCAUUUGGAAAAGGUCCCACAAUAUAUAAUAGAUAACUGCCCAAUGGUGCAUCUCUAUAGUGAAGAAAAGUACUGGCCUUCAGAUAUUACAGAUUUUAUCAAAAAUUUCCAUCUAGCGGAUAAAGAUGGCAAUGUAUUUGAAUUUGAAAAUGGUCGUACCAAUUUAACUAGUUUACAAGAUCUUCAGCCACUCUAUGAAAUAGGAAAAAAUAAUGAUGGUUCACAAAUCACUGAUAGUGCAGAUUUAUAUAUGACUACUAAUGAGGAUUUUUCGAAGAACCCCGAUUGGUUAAUAGGUCAUCGUCCUGAAUAUGGUACGGGUCUAGUGAGGAAGAGUCCAGCUGUUCUCCUGAUAUCAGAUAAAGGUAAUGGUUGGGUUGACGCAUUUUGGUUUUAUUUCUAUCCUUUUAAUUGGGGGCCUUAUAUUAUGGGUUACGGACCCUGGGGUAAUCAUAUUGGGGAUUGGGAGCAUUCUUUGGUUCGUUUCCAUAUGGGUGAACCUAAAUUUCUAUGGAUGAGUGCUCAUUCUGGAGGUACCGCAUAUCAGUUUGAUGCCAUUGAAAAAGUCAAAAAAUUAAGAAGGGUUGACGGUAAGAUCCAAAAUGAAAUAAUAAAUCGACCUUUAAUAUUUAGUGCAAGAGGAACACAUGCAAAUUAUGCAUCAGUAGGGCAAUAUUCCCAUGAUGUUCCAUUUUUCUUUAUGCCGUUAAGUGAUUUUACAGAUAGAGGACCAAUGUGGGAUCCCGUAAUGAAUUUUUAUGCAUAUCAAAUAGUUGGAGAUGGUGUGAGACCCAUGAGUGAACGAGAAGAAAAAAUCGGAACAAGUUGGUUAUCCUUUGCUGGUAGAUGGGGUGAUAAACAAUUACCAAGCAAUGACCCACGUCAAAAAUGGUGUCCCGUUCAAUGGCGAUACAUUGAUGGUCCUCUGGGACCGUUAUUUAAGAAUUUAGAGAGAACUUCACUUUGUGAAAGUUUUAAAUUGUGGAAUAUGUGGCAUGGUUGCCCACCUAGAAGGUGGAUCAAGAAAGCAGUAGGUCUAGAUGCUGAAAGAAAUGAUUUAGUCGGAGAUAAUUGUGGGGUUUUACUAUAUAAGAUACGACCUAAAUGGUUACGUGGAUUACUAAGACUUUUGAUGUGGAGAGGAACAAUUUGUUUCUGUAUGGACUAUUUCACAGGUUGA